AUGACCCCUCACACGACCGCCAGACCCAGCAAUAGCGCUGGGAAUACGACGACGACGACGACGACGACGACGAAGCCGAAGACAGCGAAGACGACAGUUGCAGCGGCGAGCCAGCCGACAGUCGCUGCCGAAGCUGACAACACCGACGCUGAGUCGGUACACUCUCGCCACGCGUUGCAGGUCUUCAAAAGCAACAAGGCAGCAAACGGCUCGCAGUCGUCCAUCGCCAUGCCUCGUGAAGGCGAGGGAGAUGUUGAGGAGUCGCUCGACGAAGAAGCACGGGAGGCGAGGGCCUCGGCAAAAGCAGCAGAGGACGCCUCCUUUCGCAGUUUCAGAAAUCGGACGCUUUUGCGAGCUGGUCUCAACUUUGGCGCGCUGUUUGUCGUCUGCGCUCUCCUUCUCUUUCUCACCCUUUGGUUUGUUCUGCCGCCCAUCGAUGACGAGGACCGUUCCAAGCUCAAGAUUCCGCGCUCGUUUGAGCAGCUCAAGGCUCUCAACGCUGUCCUUCAAGGGUACAAGGACGAGUAUUUUGCAAGAGUUAUGUUCUGCUGGAUCGUCAUAUACAUGUUCCUCCAAGCCUUCUCCGUACCAGGAUCUAUGUACAUGAGCAUCAUCGCUGGAGCAAUGUGGGGUGUCCCUCUGGCAUUGCCCAUCGUUUGCGCCUCGGUGGCCACGGGCGCGACGAUUUGUUAUCUCAUCAGCCAACAGCUUGGUGCCGUACUCGUCGCCAUGCCGAAAUGGAAGGCACGAGUGGACGCCUGGGGCGAGGUGCUCGCACGGCACAACGACAACAUGCUCAGCUACAUGAUUGUGAUUCGGAUGAUGCCGCUGCCCCCUCACAAUGUUGUCAACAUCCUCGCACCGCACCUGGGCAUCGGCAUUGGCCUCUUUUGGGUCUCUACCUUCUUUGGAAUAUUUGCCGUCUCGGUCAUCCACGUCACCAUUGGCGAGAAGCUGGACCAGAUGACGUCGGCAGACGACUUCCACCUCGUUUCUGUCCGCAACUUCCUCCUGCUCGCCGGCGUCUGCCUGGCUGUCAUGAUCCCAGUCUUUGUCAAGCGUUACUCGGCUGUGGCGAGCGAGGGACUCGAAGAGGCAGAGGGAUCGGGCGCUGUCAGAUUACCUGGACCAGAGGGCGAAUGGGCUAGGACGAGGGGGAGAAGAAGCGGAGAAGAGGGCGACGAUGCUUUCGAUGAUGACGACGAAGAGCAUGAGGACGAACUUCCGAGGGUCAAUCUGCGCGGCGCAUCGCGUGCAGGAGGAUACAGGGUUGACGAGGAAGACGAAGACGGGCAAGACGAAGAGGGACGUCGUGCUGCGUAUGUUGCGAGAGCCUGGCGCGGUGUGGAAAUGGAUGCCGACGCCGAUGUCUACGACAACGAUGACGACGACGACAACGCACACUCGCCUUCAUCGCCCCACCUCUCUGGAUUUGAGGAUCGGAGAGAAGAGCGGCUUUCUGGACGGCGGGGUGGGAAAGCGCAUCGGGUGCUUGGCAUUCGAGGCAACGGCGCCAAUCUCCAACCACAAAGUGAGCAGGGCUACCUUGGCCGCCUCACUGGUUGGGUCGGGGGAGCCUUUGGCAGUGGGCAACGAAGCUAG